AUGGUUCAACCAAACCCCCCCAGCUUUCAAACAACGAUUCCGAAUGCGUCUGAUUUCACCUCCUGCAAUCAAUGCAAUGAAUGUGGGAUGUCGGAGAACCAUCGCGAAGCGCUAGAGGCAGCCCUUGACGAAGCAAGGCACUGCCAACAUGAAACGAACACAGAACUUGUUGCGGAGAAGAGUCGGCAUGCUGCGACCCACUCAGAGCUCGAAAAGCUGUACUCGGAGAACCGGACACUGUGGAAUCUUGUUGAUGAUCUCACUUCUGUUCCAGGAGGUGACGGGAAACAGGUAUCGACUGUCCAAGAGCUGCACAACGAUAACCAGGAGCAGAAAGCAAUCAUUUGCAAGCAGACCGAUGAGAUCGAAACGCUUCGUGCGACGAAUGCAGCAAUGAAAGAACGGUGUGGUGGCUGCAACGGCUGCCAGGACGUGACAGACAUUGAGGAUGAUAGCGAAGAUGCGGUAUUCUAA